GCAGUGUUGACAUCUCAAAAAAGACUAAUUAACAUGAGCGCAAAAAUUCAAAAGGAAUACAAAAUGUAAAAACAUAAUUUGACUAACGAUUGGACACCGGCCAACUACCAAAAGCAAAUGAGAGUUUAAUUCGGUAAAUUCGUGGGUACAUUGGAAGUUACCACACUUCCACGUAGUAAAAUGGCGACACCAAACACCAAUAGAUCUUCCACCGAUACCCACGACAGUAACUUUUAUAGUAUUAUAAGUGAAGGAAUCGACAAUGAAGAAGAAACGGAAUUAGUUGCAGCACAUUCCAGCUACAAUUCUUGCGACAUCAUAUCUAACAGGAUUGACCAGGCCAACUGCAUGUCUGGAGAUAAAGAUGACGACUGUGUGCAGUGCAAAACUUCCAAUGUACCUGUGUGUCAUAUAAAAUUGAAGCAACUAGAGAAUCUCAAAAAUAGCACUAAAAGGCUUCUAUGCUUAUUAGAAGAUGUGCAGGCAAAGACUCAUUCUACGGCGCUGGUUCCCGAUGACCCGCCGAAAGUGGCCGACGUUUUACGACCUAUGGCCAUUUGGAAUCCUGAAGAGGUGGAUAUGAUGGAACGAUCAGUAACUGAUAUCAUCGGUGCCGCAGCCAUGAAAAGAUUGGAAAAACAGACUAAAGAAUUGGACGCCAUUGUCAUUAGAGACAGAGAUGACGAUUGUUCAGUUUACAAAAGACUAACUAGGAAGUGUCACUGUCUGAACCAACAAGAAUACAACGACUUCAUUAUACAUUUUAACGAGGAGACUAAGUUCGCCACCAACACAAUUGGAGAAAUCAUAAAAAACAUUAUAAUCAUCAAAAGGUUUUUAUACAUGGGCAACAAAUAUACGAGAAACGCUUUGAUGUUUUUGAACCAGGGCCUAGAAGAAGGCACAUAUACGGAAAAGUCGGAGAUCAUACAAGCGUGCGCCUUCGCUGAUAUCUGUUGUAUAUUCGACACAUACACGAUUGUGAUCAUGUGCAUUUCUUGGCCGUGUAAGAACCCCAGCUUGAUAGAAGCUGAUACGCAGGAGAUGACUGCGAAAUUCCUAUACAAUCUCUCGAGACUCGAAGAAGGCCGACGAUAUUUAAAUUUCAAUGCAAAAAUAACAUGCGACAUAAAGAAGCUCCUCAAAAAAAAACAAGAUAAAAUAAGUUGUGACACGAUAGAAAUGCUCACUUCAGUUUUAAAUACAUGUCAGCCGCAGGUUCCGCAAACUGGAACGAGUCUAACAUACCAUUGUCGGCCCAUGCAAGAAGGUAUCGGAAACAAGACAUUAAAUGCAUUGAUAGCCUAUCGACAGUAUAUGACUUUAAAUGAGUUGUUUAUGCACCUGGAUAUUCUUCAAAAUAUAUCUGGAAACCAAGAAACGAAAAAGCAACUCACGCCUCAUUUACCAUCAAUAUUGAGCUUGUUCAGGAACAUGCUUCUAGAGUUUGAUAACAGUGACAUAAAUAUUAUAGUUACAAAUAUUAUGGCCAAUUUAGUGGGCGAAAAUGUUGCGAAGAUUAAUGUAAAAGAAAGUUCGAAUGACAUGAUACGCGACACGAUCACAUCAUGUAUAGCAACUGAGCCAAUUCAAAAGAAAAACGUAACAAUUCAAGUACCAGUGAAUAAAAGAAAACAUCACAAAAAACACUAUCCCGCAAAUUUUGUACCCGCCGUUGCAUACCUUCAGAAAAAGGACUACGCUAAUAAACUACAACAAAAUAACCCAAUACAAAAACCACAACAAGCAAGAAAACUAAACAUGUCAAAGAGCGUUGAUAGACCAAAAACCGCUCCAAUUUUAAGCGCCGAUAGAGUUCUGAAUUCGAUGAAUUCGGCGCCAUUAAAACCAAACACAAGUUUUUUCCAAAGGGAAAAUACUACAACCUCUGUAUACACUGCUUUUAUCAACAAGUCAAGGAAAUUCAUGGGCAUAUCGUGUGGAGGUAAACUCCUUUUUAAAUACCUAUUACCUAUAAAGAGUGGAAAUUUAAAAAUGGCAAAGUCGCAGUGUCGUCGCGUAUUACUCACGUCCAUUCCAUUGAUAAGAACAGGGCCACACUACUAUGACGCCACUUUUUAAUUUCCCGGCCGGCUGCCCGGCUGUGAUCGUACAGCGUAAAUUAUUCUAGUUGUUUAAAAAAGUAGGAUCAUCAAGCAACCCACGAUUAUUCACUCAUAUCAUACCAGUUACGUAUUUAUGGUUUUGCCGCCUCAAAAAAGUCUGUCGCGCUAUAGAGUAUGUUCAUACAACAUACUCUAUAGCAUAUCACUUUUACAUGAAACUGUCUACGUAAAUAAGAGUGUGACCGAGUGUGUCCGUGGUCUUUCAAAUGUCCUUAUAAAUUGAAAAACAUUUUCUUUUUUUCAGAUAAAACAAAUGUUAUAGUCGUACCAGUGGAACAAGAAAACAUUGCAGUAAAAUAAAGUGUCUAUAAUUUCGUAAAUUUACAAAAACGUAUAUACAUUUUCUACCUCCCUUAACCAUAGGAAAUCAGAUACAUAAAUUACAUAAUAUCAUAUCAUCUUAUUAUCACUGCAAAAUAAAUAGUCUAAAAAAUAAAAUAAAUUGUAUACAAACAUGUGUAAAUGCUGUGAUAUUGUUUUGAAUCCUUAUAAAAUUACACAAUGCACCAAGACAAAACAUUAAAUUAGGGCUGGCAACCAUGGAAUACUAAACUAAGUUUUUUUUCUGUGCUGGCAACACAUUAGGGUGAUUACAGGGGACAAACCAUAAUGGAACUUGUUAGUCUCUUUUACAGCACUACAAUACAAUACAAUACAAUACAAUAUAACCCUCACUUCUUAUCUUUGUUUUUGUUUCUGUACAUGUAUUGUAAUAUGCAUGAGGUGUGCAACAAAGAAUGUUGUCAUUAAAGUUCAUUGUGGCUUGCUCCAAAAACACUACACAAGGCCAAACAGCCCCUAGAAUGGAAUGAGGUGGAAAAUAAGGAAUGUUAUUUAAAUAUGGAAACAUAAAGCUAUAGCUAUAGACAUAUAAGAUACAGAUAGAAGUUGGUCCAAUAUUUUAUGAAUGUUAAUAUUUUGUUCGGGUAUUUAUUAAGUAGGCCUUUUAAAUGUAGGCAAAGCACUUUUACAUUUUAGUUGAGGUCCAGCCUCCUUAUUCCAUCUUUUCUUGUAUUUUUCUAAUCAUAUACAAUAGAAAUUACAUGUGUACAGCCAGAAAACCACAUAGGGACACAUUAUGACUUGUAUGAAGGCAAUGGAUGUGGCUGCAUUUUGGUGAUUGUCCUACCAUUACUAUUUCUGAAUAUUGCAAGAUAAAAGAGAAAUAGUAAGGAAAAAGAGAGCCCACUAUUUCAGGUAUCUGGAUAAGAAGACAGAAUAG